UAAAACUUUUAUUUUUAAACUGCAUCCCAGUGAUGAUGAUUGACAUGUCUAACAUCAUGUCAACACAACACAAACACACCUAUACAAACAAUGCAAUCAACGAUAAUUCAAACAAAGUCAAGUAAAGCUGAGCACGGGCUUUGUCGAUCUUUUUGAAGUACAAAGUUAUACAGACCUAUGCAACUUCUACAAAUAAAAGUGAGAAAUAUGACUGCUGUUUUGUCUCACUGUGGUGAACCAAUGCAUCAGAUGACUGACAUAAUGUAUGUUUGACAUAAGCAAAACGUACAAAAAUUCCCAAUAUACAGAAGUGCUUUCGUGCGAGUGCGAGUUAAACUACAGACAAACCUGAAAGUGAAAGAAAAUAAAUAGUAAUUUUACCUCUUUAUUCGGCAUUCACAAACAUCUUGUGUAAGUUAACCAGAAUCGAGUGUUUAUUCGAUCACUUUUACAAGCUAUUCAGUUUUUACACAUGUGGCAAUAAAAAACUAAAUAUAAGUAAUAUGUGGCGUUGCUUAUCCUUGGAGCAUCUUCAUUUUUGAUUGCAAUUUCCUUCUGUGCGUAUUUUUAGUACAAAAAAUAUUAAUUUGAACUAACAAAAACACAAAAGAAAAGACAGGCAAUCCAAUAGCAAUUACCUAUACUCCUCAUAGCUGUCGUAAUAUAUAUAUAUAUAUAUAUGGAUAAAACUGAACUGUUGAUCUGUUGCUCAGCAAAAGUGGCAGCAACUAAGUUGAGUUAUUUGAAGAAAGAACAGACACAAUCUUUUCAACCAGUUUUGGAUCUGCCUUGAGAGCUACUGAUAAUAAUGAACACCUAGGAACGACCAGAUGCUUAACCGCCUCACCUACAAAAAUAGUUGAUCAUCAAAUAAUUACAAUGUAAUUACAACACAUGACAUAAUGACAACAUUUCUUUAUAAAACCUUUAUUUUUUUCCCGUGCACACCGUCAUUAAUCUAUUUCUGUGAGUGUGUAACAGCAUGUGUCAUCCUUUUGAAAUGACGUGACACUGUCAGUCCUGUCCAUAAUGACACAUGCAACUGUUUCAAGGCAUUUCAUAAGCAGACCCCCUUAAGCCGCUGUACGUUUCCUUGAUCUUGCAAGUGGACAAAGAAAUUUGUAAGAGACAAAAGAGUGAAAUAGCAGCAUAAAGAACUACUCAGCAAAUGUUACUCCAAUAUUAGCUUACUUUCUUAUGCACUAUGAAAACACAACAUAUAUAUAUCUAUAUGUAUUUUUUUUUACGUCCCUUUGGUAAAACAUUAACUCUUACAAAGGGUUUCCUGUUGUUGCAGAAGAUAUUUGUCCGUGUAGGUGGCCACAAUGCAGUGAAUGCAUUCAGGUUGUCAAUACCACACCUACAAAGAAUACCUAUGACACGGUACAAGCUGUGGCUCCACUGAUUCAAAGUGAAAAUGGGAAGUGUCGUCGUCGUUCCUCUAGUUUCCGGGUGAGUCGGGUGCACUCAAACGAGUUUACAUUCACACACACUAGCAUCUAUAGGCCCCACGCACGCGCGGCUUGACGCCAGUUUCGGAUCACGUAGUGGUGACUGCCAGUGGAAAAGAAAAUUUCAUUACUCACACACUAGUUUCUGCAGUUUUCCUCUCUUACUCUGUAAAAGCGGUUUUCCUGUGUCCUCAGGGAUAAGUAUAAAAAGGUAAGCGACACAAGUAUCUGCAUUUUCAGUAAAACUUGGGUAAAGCGUCUUUUGGUGAAUCGGUGCCUGCUGCUGACACUUAACAAUAUGAAGCUGAUCGUUUUUUGCCUUUUCACAGUCUACUGUUGCUCUUUGGUCAAAGCAUCACCUUUGGAGCGCAAAAAACUACAAGAAGUCCUUAGAGAGCUGAAAAUGCUCAAACGCGACCUUCCGAACACAGAACUAAUGAUGAAUACUCCACCAAAGGAUAUUGAGGACUGCUGUUGUCUGACAGCCUUAACUUGCUUUCGGGAGACUCUGCUUGAACAUUUUGGCAUAAGUGGAAAAUACCAGAAAAAACUUUACAAGAGUCUUAAUCAUACCCUUACUAUCAAUGGACUGAACUUUUGUAACACAGAAACUUCUACGAACAACUGCUCAACCUGCCACUCACAUCCUAAGGAAAAAGCAUCAGAGUUUUUCAACAGACUGGAGUCUCUGGUUCAAAGGGUAAGACUAUUUCAGAUAUAUUUCAGAAAGCUAUACAUAAAAUACUAGACCAUUUUGUUUUUACAGUAAGCUUAAAAUAAAAAAGGCUAUGCUCUUUAAUAUUUUCAUAAAUGUAUUAAUUUGCUGUCCAAACUAGCAUCAAGUAUUUAUUUUCAUUUCUUUUUAGGGUAUAAGCAGAAUCUGAGAUGAGCUGAAGAUCCAGUAGCAACUUUAGAGAAGACACUACUUUGUAAAGGGCCAAGCACGUCAAAGACUGCAUCUUACAGCCUGAUAAAUAUUUAACUUAUUUAUUAUUUAUUUAUAUUGAAAUGGUUAACUCACAGCUAUCAGGAAAGCUGCUCUGCUGCCACCUAGUGGACUUGGUACCCUCAGUCAGUGAGAGGGAAAAUUAAUUUAUUCAUUCAUUUUGUAGUUCUCAAAGAAUAGUUUAUAAUGACAUUUAUACUGUGUAUGAAUUUCCUUAGUACAUAAAUUAUUUUGUCAAACAACUGUACCAUCUGAAAAUAUCAAAUUAAUUACCAUACAUUAUUUGAUGUGCCUAGUUUAUAUGAAGGACAGAUUCUCUGCUUGUAGCAGGAACUGAAACACAAGUGUUCUAUUUUUUUUUUUUUUAAGCAAAUGGGCAUUUUUUUUUCAUUCUGGGAGUGGUCCAUUGUAUAGUUAACAUGUCGUAACUUUCUCUUGUCAACUUCAUAUAAAUGGCAGAUUGAUAUUAAUAAAGACAGUGUCUAACUGUGCUAUCAAACUAUAUUUAUUAUAUAGUUUGCAUGUUUAGAUAUUUAUUGUUCAAAUAUUUGAUACCAAGUACAAGUUUUUAGUAUUACCUUUUUAUAUGUAAUGGACUAUACUGAGAAAAAUAAAUAUAAAUGAAAUUCGCAGAAAGUGGAAGAGAAAUUGUGUUGAUGUUAUUCAUGUUUUUUGGUUGUUUUUUGUGCUCGUAUGACGGGGUGUGAAUGGGUUAAUGAGGCAUGUUGUUCAAAGCGCUUUGAGUGCUCAAGUAGAGUAGAAAAUCACAAAUAAAAGAACCAGUCCGUUUACUAUGUUUUGACCUGACAAGGUCCUGGAGGCUCUUCCUGAAAUGUAAAGAUACAUUUUCAAAGAGUUUAAGUUUAAUCCAAGUGUUGCAUUCAGAAGCUGUAAAACAACAAUAUGUGAGAGACAGCUGGAACACUAGGAGUGGCUAAAUCAAUAUAUCUCUGAAGAAAAGAAAAAAAAAGAAAAAAAAAAAGAAGAGAGAAUUGGUAAAAUGAAUAGGUUGUCCUGGAUGUCUAUGGAAGACAACAGUGAUGGAUGAUCACAAAAUCUUUCCAUGGUAAAGAACGACACCUUCUGGACAAGACUAUGUACAAGAGAGCAGAGGCUUGCACAGGCUUAUUCAAGGUUCAAACCAUACUAGUUUCAUAAAACUCUGAGCAAUACUCUAUGAGUGGAAGCAAAUCUUGUGAAAAUGAAAAAGUGCCCAUGACAACACAAGAACCAUGGCUCUGAGACCCAUUAAGUGAUCACUGAGCACCUUUGGCCAGAUGAGCUGAACAGAAAAAGCUAAAAAUAAAAAGGUUUGUAGACAUGACACUAAGAUCAGCAGGAAGAUAAAAGGGUAGCGCUCAUGAUCCAAAUUAUAUUACGUAACCUGUAAAGCACAAUGAAGGUAAUGUCAUGCGUAGGCAUGCAUAGCUUCUAGUGGCACAGUCUGACUAAUGUUUGCUGAAGAUACAGUUAGGGCCAUAUAUAUUUGGACACUGACAGAAGUUUUAUUUUUACCUGUUUACCGAAACAUAUUCCAAUUAUAGUUACAUAAUGGACAUGGACAUACUCUGUAAACUCUCAGCUUUCGUUUCAGGGUAUCCACAUUCAAAUGGAUGAAGGGUUUAGGAGUUCCAGAUCCUUAAUAUGUGCCAUCCCCUUUUUAAAAUGUCCAAAAAUAAAUGUAGAGUUGACGCAAAGGCUAUUUCAUGGGCAGGUGGGGGCAAUUCUUUCGUUAUGUCAUUAUUAAUUAAGCAGAUAUAAAGCCUGGAGUUGAUUUGAGGUGUGGUGCUUGUAUUUGGAAGAUUUUGCUGUAAACAGACAAAAUGUGGUCAAAGGAGCUCUCUGUGCAGGUGAAACAAGUCAUCCUUAAGCUGCGAAAACAGAAAAAACCCAUCCGAGAAAUUGCUACAAUACUGGGAGUGGCAAAAUCUACAGUUUGGCAAAUUCUGAGAAAUGGUAAAUGGUAAAUGGCCUGUAUUUAUAUAGCGCAAGAAAGCGAAAGAAAGCAAGCAUCGGUGAACUCACCAACGGAAAAAGACCUGAAAGUCUAUGGAAGACAACAGUGGUGGAUGAUCACAGAAUAUUUUCCAUGGUGAGGAGAAAACCCUUCACAACAGCCAACCAAGCAAACAACCCUCUCCAGGAGGUAUGAGUAUCAAUAUCCUCAUAAAGAGAAGGCUAUAUAAUUGUAAAUACAGAGGGUUCACCUUCAAGGUGCAAGCCACUCAUAAGCCUCAAGAAUAGAAAGGCUAAAGUGAAGCUUGCUAAAAAAAACCAUCUAAAAAAAAAAAGCCAGCACAGUUCUGGAAAAAUACUCUUUCUACAGAUGAAACCAAGACCAACCUCUACCAGAAUAAUGGCAGGAAAAAAGUAUGGAGAGAGAGUGAAACAGCUCAUGAUCCAAAGUAUACCACAUCAUCUGUAAAACAUGCCACAGGCAGUGUGAUGGCUUGUGCAUGCAUGGUUGCCCAUGCACGGCUGAUUCUAAGUAACUAUAAUUGUCUAAGCAUGUUGUGCUUAUGGCAUGUGUAAUCAAAUAUUGCUUGGAUGGAGAAUCAGUCAUUCCCAUUAAAACUUUAAUGUUAAGUUAUGAAAUGAAACAGCCUUUUACCAUUAAUAGGUCGCUGAAAUAGCAAUUCCGACUGGGAUAUACUAAAACACAGGUGUCGAACUCCAAGCCUUGAGGGCCGGUGUGCUGCAGGUUUUAGAUGUGCCUUGAUCCAUUUAAAUGGCUGAAUUGCCUCCUCAACAUGUCUUGAAGUUCUCCAGAAGCCUGUUAAUGAACUAAUCAUUUGAUUCAGGUGUGUUGACCCAGGACGAUAUCUAAAAUCUGCAGGACACCGGGCCUCGAGGCCUGGAGUUCGACACCCCUGUACUAAUGGUAGGAUUGUAAUUCUUGAGGAGCGAAGAUGAAGAACCUACCCACCACCAGAGGGCAGUAUAUUGGCAAGUGUUAAAUAUAUAUUAAAGUGUAUUAAGAUUUUCAAAAAGACUUGAAAACAAAAAUCCAGUGUUAGCUGUUCAAACCUAAUAAAAUUUUUUGAGAAUAUCAAAUGUACGGAUUUAUGCUCAUAUAGUGUUUAACAUGACAUCAAACUUAUGUAGCCUUAAAAAAGCUGAACUUUUACAAGUAAAAUCCAAGUAAUACAUGUGAGUAACCUUGUUCUUUCUGAAUUUUUCACCAAUGUUUUUGAAUGUUAUGAACAGGUGGAUUUUCAGAGUUUGCAAAUGUGGUAAAACCAUGUGUGAAAAGAUAUAUGAGAAAAACACCACAGACUUCAAAAAGCAUGCAGCAACCUGGCAGUCCAAAAGCCACUAAAAACUCUCAUAAUGACAUAAGCAAACAUGUUUUUUUUAAACAGGUGUCCCCGCUACAAACAUGGACUUCCCAGAUGAUAAAGGGGGAUUUCAGCAAAACAAACUCACUCACUCAUCUGUUUUAACCAAGAUGAACUUCACGCCUGUGAAAAAAAGUCCUGCAGACCCUGUGGGUUCAACCACUAGAAAAAGCUUUGGUCAAGCAAAAAAACAAAAACAAGAAAGAAAAAAAAAACCAGAAUCACUCAAGAUGAUGAGUCAUAAAUACUGAAUUGCGCUUUAUUCUUAUUCAUCCAAUAUGAUCAGCAUACUUUAAAAUAUACUGAUAAUAAAUGCUUUCUUGGAUAUCAAAGUGGGGUUUUCUGAACCGUAAACAAAACUUACGACAGGUGCCAACAUUGCCUAUAAGUGUCUUUCCAGGCAAAGAAGAAAAAUAUGUUUUGUGUAAAGGUCAGAUCAGCAACUCCCACAAAUGGAAUCAAUUUUAUGUUUCAAAGAUGGUGAAAUUUCCCUUUCUGGGUACAACACCAAUUGUGAUACUCUAGAUGUGUGACAAAUGAAGGGAUUUUUCCUUUCAUGAAAAACAAACCGUGCCACACCAGACCCGGUAAGGAGACUGACCACCAAGAGAAAAGAUCUAGUGCUCACAGUCAUAUUGGGAUAAUAUAAGAGCUGUACUACAAAGCAUGAUCAAGUUAUCCAGGUGUGGUGACCAUAAAGGCAGACUUUUUAAGUGUCAAAAGAUUUGUUCUCUUUUAAUCUUUUAACAUGAUGCACACCCAAUGUGCUUCUGAGGAGAUUAUAUCUACCACAUUUACUGUAAUUAUUUUGCUAUGCUAUUAGCAGUACAGAAUGCAAAGUCUGAGAAGGGUUAUAAAGUAGUGAUGCAGUAUUGAUAUUAUUUUCCCAAUACUGAGGACUAAUGUAGCAAGUAUCCAUUAUCACAGCUAACAGUAUACCUUCUAAGUAUUUAUGUAUUUAGAACAUUCAUAUUAAAAUGAGGCUUACUCACUUAAUCCACGAUUCCAGUCAAAACCUCCACUGACAUAUACAUGCAAAUUGGGCAAGUAGGAAAGUAGUUAAAAUAUUAACUGCUGCAACCCACACUGAAACAUGGAGUUUUCAGUGUGCUCAGUCAUAGGGGAAGUAUUUGGAAAAAAAAAAUCAAAUCAACAAAAACUACUAAAAUAAUUCUCUCUUUUGUCUCCUGUGGGGAAGGAGCAAAGGAUUUAAGGAAGGAAGAAACGGACUUGUAUAGAAGUCUACUUGUGCAGUAAGUCUCCCUCACUAACAAGAGGGGAGCAUGAUGAGAAAAUGGAGCGAGUACUUUGAGGAGGUGACGAAUGAAGAAAUGAGAGGGAGAGUAAAACACAUGGAGGACAGUUAGUGAACUAUGAUGAUAAUGAAGAGUGGAAAGAUGGUCGUUCGAGCUGACGUACCUGUAGAAAUAUGGAGAUGUCUAGGAGAGAGGGCAGUGGUCUUUUGAACAAGAUGGUUUAACAGAAUCUGGUAGAGUGAGAAGAUGCCUGAGAAAUAAAGAAGAAAUUUACUGGAAUCGAUUUUCAAGAACAAGGGUGAUAUGCUAUACCUGUUGCACUGUUCCUUUGUGGUUUUAGACAAAGUAAAUGAUAAGGUACCACGAGUGGAACUGUGACACCACAUGAAGAAGCCAGGAGUGGCAGAGAAGUAUGCAAGAGUAUGAGUGUGUGACAGUAUUGAGGUGUGCAGCAGGAGUGACAGGUGGGUUCAAGGUGGUAGUGGGAUUACAUCAGGGAUCCACUCCUUUGCAGUCUCAGUCUCCAUGGACUAUGAUGUUUUUGCACACACCACUGGAAUCUGUAAUGAGAGUAGUGAGCUGAUGGAAGAGAGGCUGGAGAGGUGGACAGAAUAUGAGAGAGACCAGCAUAACAAGCUGCAAAGAACAGAGCGUAGAUGAGUGUGCAAAGAGAGGUGAGGAAGAGGGUUCAAACAGGGUGGAUUUGGUGUAGAUGAACACUGGCAGAUUUGUGACAGAAGGAUAGCAGAAGAGUGAAAGGGAAGGUCUAAAAGAUGGUAGGGAGACCUGCUAUGAUGUACGGUUCGGAGGUGGUGGCACCAACAAAAAGACUGGAGACCGAGCUGGAACUGGUGGACCUGAAGAUGUUAAGAGUUUUAUUGGGACCAAACAGACAAGAUUAGAAAUUAGUAUAUCAGAAGGACAAUACAUGUUAAGAGGCUUGGAGAGAAAGAUACAGAGCCAAAGCUUAGAUGGUUUGGACAUGUGCAGAGGGUAGUGGACAUAUUGGACAAAGCAUGUUGAAGACCGAGCUGCCAGGCAGGAGAAAAAGAGGAAAACCACAAACCUUGUUUGUGGAUAUCCUGAAGGAGGACAUGAAGAGGGUUGCUGUCAUAGAGGCGGAUGCUAGGGAUACGGUGAGAUUGAGUGGAAGAUGAAAGACUGAUGGAAUAGAUGAAUGGAUUUAGAGGUGUAAACAAAAAAAAGCCACACCAUCCAUCCAUGAAUCAUCUAGGUCAAAUGGCAGCAAUAUAAGCAGAGAUGCCAAGCCUCCCUAUCCAGAUGUCCAAACCUCCUCAACUGGCUGUUCGGUGCAGAGUAGCAGCAGCUCUACUCUGAGCCUGUCCUGAAUUACUGAGCGCAUCACUUUUAUCUCUAACCACAUAUAAUUCCUGAAGCAUUUAAAUGCCAUUACCAGAUGUCAUCUGACUUUUACUUUCGAUCCCUCUCAUAGUCUGUGGUGUUUCUUUGUUUCUCUUUUCCCCUCAUCCUCCAACCAGUCAUGGUAGAUGGAUGCCCCUCUAUGAGCCCAAUUCUCCCAGAGAUCUCUUCCUGUUGGAAGAAAGGUUUUCCUUCCCAGUGCUGCAAAGUGCAUGUGGAUAGGGGAUUAUGUGAUUGUUGAGGUUUACCAGAUGACAGAUAACAUUAAGCACCAUGAAGCUACUGCUAUGUAGAUGAAACUACAUAGCAGUUGUGAUUUUUUUUUUUUUUUUUUUUUUUUUAAAACAUGCCAAAAAUCUUGUUUUUCCCUCAUAAAAAAUUUGAAAACAGACCAUAAAGUGGGCUUAUGCACUUUGACAGAUAUUAUUUGAACUUCUGAAUGUUACCGUUUUGAUUAUACAUAUAACCAUUAUAUACACAGCUGUUCACUGGGUGGUUUUAUAGUGCACAUUUUGCUGAUACAUAAAAAUCAGCAAUCAAUAAGAAUUUCAACUAUUUUUGAAACCACAUUGUGCACUUUACCUGCCAUCAUUUAAAACAGGUAAUCUGUAAUAAAGGUUGGCUAAGUUCACUGUUCAAGAAACAGCCUGGAGGAGACUGUUUCAGCACCAAACUGGUUUCGCUUUGAUCUUUUAAGAAAACACCCCAGCGUUGCUAAGCUAAAGCAAACUUUUGCACUGCAAUAGGGAAUUGCCUUUUUUUAAACAGCUGAAACCACACUGUGCAGACUGCAAACAACCCAAGCAGCUGUACUGCAGAAAACAUAUGCAUACUUAAAAAAAUACAUGGUGCGUGCCUGGUGAAUCCUUUUAUGAGACCAUCUCUAUUGUGAGUGUCUUGAUGUGGGAAAGUGCACAACAGGUUGAGGGUUUUUCCUACUGUGUCUGUAAAAAAACAACAACAAAAAAAAAAAGUACAAUAUGAAUUUAUGAAAUGCAAAAGGCUUACAAAAGCAACACUGAAAGUCUGAAUCAGACCUGAGGCUGCUAAUGGCUCAUAUCUUCUUCAGAUUUAGGAAAUGCUAAAUGAUUAAUUUAUU